CAAUCCACAUCCUAUGUCAGUUGCCAAUAUACCUUAUAGCGUGAAACGUCAUAAAUAUUUCAAGUUAGAUUUUUCUCAGGAUAAUAUAUUUUGUCGUUAUAUUUUCCAAGUAAAUUACUCUUGUUUUAUUAUAGAGUUAAUGUGGUUAACAUACUGGUCGUAAAUGGUGAAGUUAGUGACUAUACAGUUUAUUUUUAAUUUUACGUGUUACUAAAAUUAAAAUAACAAAUGUCAAAAGUAUACAAAGAAAGGUGAAAGAGCAUUAAAUUUAUUAGUCUCUACGUAGAGCCUUAUAAGUAACGAUGAGAAUAAUAACAAGUGGACGAAAAAAAGACAACAUAGUGUAAAAAAAGAAAAAACUCGUUUCCUGUGGUAUUAUCAAAAUGAUUUUUUCAAAAGCAGCGAUUUCACUAGUAUGUGUCCUUUUGUUGUUAUCCAUAUUUAUGGCAAAUUUAUUGAACAGUAUAGCUACAGAUCACAAUUUUUACAAUGAGAACAAAUACGAGGGUGAAAAUUUCACAAACUACUUAGGUAAAAAAUAUGGCCAUAUCACAGAUUCACCAAAUAAUCUCGUGUGGUUCCUCCAGAUCUCAGACAUACACAUAAGUAUUUUUCGGGAUCCCGGUAGAAUAUCACAGUUUCAGCAAUUUUGUGACAAUACAGUCAAACAAAUAAAACCCCUGCUUGUUUUGGCUACGGGUGACCUUACGGAUGCUAAAGCCAAAGACAAUUUAGGUAGCUCCCAAGUGAAAACUGAAUGGGUUUAUUAUCAUAAUAUAAUAAAGGAGUCAGGAGUAACAGAACAAACAACUUGGUUAGAUAUAAGAGGAAAUCAUGAUAAUUUUAAUAUUCGAACAAUAAAUUCUCAAGAGAAUUAUUUUAGAAAUUAUUCAGUUCAAGGAACAAAAAAUGCUAAAUCUUAUGUUCAUUUUAUGAAUGAAAAUGGUGUUAGUGUGGCCUUUCUGGGCAUUGAUGCUUGUCCUGAUCCUGGAUUGAGAAGACCCUUUAAUUUUAUUGGUAUAUUAGACAGUCAAGAGCAACAAUACAUUCAAAAAUUAAAAUCAGAAGCCGAAAGUGAAGCUGAUCAUAUAGUUUGGUUCGGGCACUAUCCUACCUCAUGUAUUCUGUCAUUAGAGUGGGAGUCACAGAGACUAAAUGUGAGACAGUUAAUUGGAAGCACCAGUGGUUCACAUGUCUAUGUGUGUGGGCAUUUACACUCAAUGGGAGGACUUGUUCCAAGAAUGUAUACAAAACAUAAAAAAGGAUACCUGGAGCUUGAAUUAGGAGAUUGGAAAGAUAACAGAAUGUAUAGGUUGGCAGCUAUUGACCAUGGCAUGUUUUCCUUUGUUGAUCAAAAGCAUAAUUCAUGGCCAGUAGUUCUUGUGACAAAUCCUAAACAUGCUAAGUACACUAUGCCAGGAAGAGAACCGUUGCAUUUGAUACCUGACUCAACUCAUAUAAGAAUUUUAGCAUUCAGUGAUGUUAAUAUGGAAUAUGUCAAAAUAUCCUUUGAUAAAAUAAGUUGGCUGGAGUGUAAAUUGGUUAAAGGACCACUGUAUGCUUGUGAUUGGCUGCCACAUUUAUUUUUGACUGGCCUUCAUAACCUAUAUGUAAAGGCUGUGGAUGAAAUAGGAAAGGAAACUAAUGUUGUUCAUCCAUUUACACUAGAUGGGACUGUAUUAAAAUUUGAAGUGACCCCUAGAAUUUUACUAAUGUUAGAUGCCGGUUCAGUGUUUCAGGUAGUAUUUGGGACACUUUUAAUAGUAAACGUUAUCCCAUUAGUUAUAUUACGAUUGCAAAAAUCACCACCAAAGUACCGUAGAAGGUGCGGUCGACAAAUUUUACGAAGAGUAUGGUUAUUAAGUAAAAUUGACAGAGUAUUUUAUCCAAUAGUUUUAUAUGCAAUUUAUUUACCCUUUGGACCAUGGGCGAUUGGAGAGCUUAUUGAUGGAUACAUAGGUGCUAUAUUCGCAUGGGGAAUUGUGAUAAAAGGGGCAUUUUUACCAGAGCCAUUUACUUACAUGUAUGGCAGUGUGCAGUUGAUGUUUGUGCAAAUACCGCUAAUAUUUGUUUUGGCACAUUGCCUUGAAACUCGAUUGAUGAAUCAAAACCUUCAAGGCUUGAGAAGAAUUAUCAAGAAUUUGCCCUUUAUUUUUCUGCUCACAAUACAAUCUUUGCUUGCAUAUUUCUUUUGGUUAGAAUAUGGCACAAUAUCCUUCCUUCUCAGUCCAUUAAGGACAUGGAGUGUCGGUCUAAGCACAUUACUUUGGUAUAAAACUUUAUCUUUACCACCGGAUUAUUGCAGGCGUCUGCAGAAGCUAAAUGAGUUACCUUCAUAAAUAUACAAUUGUUUAUUUGCAUGGAGUUGUAAAACUAAGCAUUUUCAUAGCAAAUACAAGGCUGUACAUUAUAGUCACUUAUUAAGUUUAUAUAUGUAUGUGUUUGUUAAUUUGCACCAAAGAGUUAAUAUAAUGUGUAUUUAAAAUACAAAUAACCAUUCCAAACUGCUGAUAUUACGUAAUGCAAAGAAUGUAUUAAAAUUUAUUGUGAUAUAAUAUUUUAUGUGCAUAGUUAUGUAUGGACUACGUAAAGACAAAAUCGAUUAGUUAUUAGUGUUUAUGUCAAAAAGUACUACAAUUAUGUGAUUUAGGAAUUUAGUCCUUUGAAAACAUAAUAAGAAGUAAAUAGAGAAAAUUACGUAUAUAUUUGUAUACGAUGUACUUACGAAGUAAAGAAAAAAUAUAGAAAUAUUUUGGCAGAAAUAAAUCUCUUAAUCUAUUUAAACUAACACCUUAUUUAAAAAAUAGUUCCUAGUAUAAGUAUAUAAAUUGAAACGAGUCAUUGAGAAGGCUCUUAGCUAAAUUAUACAUUUGUAAUUUAUGACGUAUAAAUACUCUUUCACUACUUACAUGUUUAAGUAAAUGUUGACUGAUUUUCAGUUUCUUUGUGCAUUAUACCCAUGGAAGUAAGUAUUUAGUAUACUUUAUUUAUUUUGACAUACAAGCUAAAUAUUCCUUCAUCAGUAUUUUGAUUUUUAAAAAUGUAGGUUCAUGUUAAUAAAUGUAAAUUGUUAGAUAAAAUAUUUUAAUGUUAUCAAUUUUGUUGUACAUAAAUGUGACUUUUGUUUAACUAGUGCAAAUAAAUGUAUAUUGUGAAUA